AUGGUAGCAACUGCAGCAGCUUGUCAGGGACUGUGGCUGAGGAACCGGAUCAGCGAGGUGACUGGCCGUGAGCCCAAGUCAGUCACUCUUUACGUCAACAAGUCUGCAAUAGCUUUAAUGAAGAAUCCAGUGUUCCAUGGAUGCAGUAAGCACAUCGAUACUCAUUUCCACUUCAUCCGAGAGUGCGUGGAAAAGGAACUGAUCGUUGUCAAGAACAUGAGUACUCAAGAACAGCGUGCUGAUAUUCUGACUAAGGCACUUGCUAUAAUCAAAUUUAAGGAGAUGUGCGAGCAGAAGAAGACGUCCGCCCUCGCCAACUCCUAUGACGACCACAUUCGCCCUAUCCUUGAUGCCAUCGACCGUCUCCGACACCUGAAAGUCAUGCAAGAGGGAAUCCAACUCCCAACCAUCGUAGUCGUCGGCGAUCAAUCUAGCGGCAAAUCAAGUGUCCUCGAAUCCCUUGCCGGCAUCAGCCUCCCACGCGGCCAAGGCAUUUGCACUCGCGUUCCCCUAGUCAUGCGCCUUCAAGAUCAUCCAUCGCUCUCGACGCCCGAGCUUCAACUCGAGUACGGAAACAAAACAGUGCCCACAUCUGAGGAAUGUGUUGCUGAUGCCAUCAAUGCUGCGACAGAAGAGAUUGCUGGAACUGGCAAAGGAAUCUGUAGCACUCCCCUUACUCUCGUUGUCAAGAAGAGAGCAGUCCCUGAUCUGACAAUGGUCGAUUUGCCUGGCAUCACCAGAGUCCCUGUCCAUGGGCAGCCUGAUGACAUUUAUGAACAGAUUGCCUCCAUAAUAAGAGAAUACAUCUGUCCCCAAGAAAGCAUAAUUCUGAAUGUUUUAUCUGCCACUGUCGAUUUCACCACUUGUGAAUCGAUCUUGAUGUCUCAGAAAGUCGAUAGGACUGGGGAGAGAACACUGGCAGUGGUUACCAAAGCUGACAUGGCUCCUCAAGGGUUGCUUGAAAAGGUGACUGUCAAUGCUGUGAACAUUGGACUUGGAUAUGUUUGUGUUAGGAAUCGGGUUGGAGACGAGUCCUAUGAUCAGGCUCGAGAAGAGGAGACCAGGCUGUUUUCAUUGGAUCCAUUGCUGUCAAAGAUCGACAAGUUGAUGGUUGGGAUUCCUGUUCUUGCUCAGAAGUUGAUGCAGAUACAGGCGGCAUGCAUUUCACGAUGCUUGCCUGACAUUGUGAAAAAAAUCAAUGAGAAACUUAACCAAAAUGUAACUGACCUUGGCCAAAUGCCGCAGAAUCUUUCGUCUGUUAGUGAUGCGAUGAGGGCAUUCAUGCAUAUGCUCAGUUCUGCAAAGGAAUCUUUACGAAACAUACUGAUCAGAGGAGAAUAUGAUGGUGAUUCUGAUGAACAAAUGCAUGGGAGGGCUCGGCUUGCUGAUAUGCUCUUCAAGUACUCGAAGGAGUUGCCUUCAGAGUGUCCGACUUCGCAGAAAGAGUUUCUGAUGGAUGAGAUUAAGGUGUUGGAGGAGUGCAAGGGGAUUGGGCUUCCCAAUUUUAUAUCGCGGACUGCUUUCAUGACUCUGCUGCAAAGGAAAGUAAAGCAAAUUUCUGAUACCCCAGUUGAGUUUAUAAUCAAAGUGUGGGGCUAUCUCGAAGAUGUGGUGCUUAAGAUCCUGAUGAAGUACUCUGAUGAUUAUCCCCAGCUUCAUUCGUCAACUCGCAGGGCUUCUCAAAAUAUUAUUGAGAAGAUGAAGAAGAGAUCAUUACAGGUUGUGAAGGAGAUAAUUGAAAUGGAGACCAUUGCCGAUUUCACUCUUAAUCCCGACUACAUGAAAACCUGGAAUGAGCUGAUGGACCAACAAGAAAAUUUUAUGGAUGUAAUCCACAGCUCUGAAAUGCCUUUGAAAAUAAACCUGAAUGGUUUUGGUUUAGUUGAAAUUGGGCACCUGAGGCAAUACAGUGAUGCAAUAGUAGAGCAGGCAUUCGACAUGAGGAUGAGGCUGACAGCAUAUUGGAAGAUUGUUGUUUUGAGGCUUGUAGAUGAAAUUGCACUCCACGUUCUCCGCAGUCUCAAAGUGCUUGUUGAAGAAGAAUUGGAGCUAGAAAUGGUUAACGAAAUUGUCGGGACGAGGGCUAAUGGAAUCGAGAAAAUGCUGGAGGAGUCACCGUCUGUUGCGGGCAAGAGGGAGAGGCUGAAGAAGAGCAUCCAACUUCUCAAGGAAUCGAAGCAGGUGGUGGCUAAUAUAAUGGAUCGUAUUGGCUCGGUUGGCGAAUUCUGAAAUUCGCAGAAAGAUUUGAAUGAGGGAGUGGAAUGCUGUUUUUUUUUUGUUAUUUUGAAAUCUGUUGGCCAGGGUAGUAAUCUAAAA